GUACUGGAGAGUCCGCCUGCGUGGCGCUGCUGGGCUCGCUGGAGGAGCUCGAGCCGCUGCUGGCAGCCAUGCCCAUGGAAUCGAGCCGCUUCCUGGAGCUGCAGGAGGAGGCCUGUGAGGCGUAUGGACGGCUGCGCUCUGUGCUGCUGGAGGCCGCGGCUCAGUCGGCCAACCUCUGA